UCAUUCUAGUUAGUUCUCUACCUCUCUCAUUCUCUUAUAUCAUAGUGCACUCUAUUCAAUCCAACACAAUGGCGACCAUCUUUGAGGGUAAGAGUAUUGAGAGAAAUGACACUAGAGAAAUGAGGUUUCCUGGUCGUCCCAACUUAACAAAUCUUCCAUUUGAUUGCAACAACCACGGCCAGUUCGGAAGCUUGUCAGUUACAGAUGAGGGGGGUACUCAGUGGACGCUUACCAUCAGAAAUAGGAACGGACAGGUAUAUUUCACUGAUGGUUGGGAUGCAUUCAGAGUGGGGAAAGGCAUUACAGUUGGUCAUACGAUCUCCCUCUACAGAGAUGAUGAAGCUGAUCUGUACAGAAUUACAGUGGGGUGAAACUGAGAAAAGGGGUCAUUAAUUAGUUGGAUUUUAUAUAUCCUUUAAGAGUAUAUUUGGUUUGAAAACAGUGAAGGGGAUAAGAGAGAAUGCUAUUUCAGCUAAGCAAAAUAAGUCAUUAAGCCAAGG